GCCGGUCGGACCGAUCGUUCGGGUGCCGCAGUGGCCGCUAGCGACGAGCGAGCACCCGAAAUCUAUAAAUGCAACCACGCCGGGCCCGAAGUGCGCCAUUAAUUCGUUCGUUAGCAAGCGGGAAACUACCGUCGGUGAAAAACCACGCGGUCUUAGCAAGUGUUUGUGCGUGUGUGUGUUGCUUGUGUUUGUGUUACAAAAAAAAGGGAACAGAAACAGAAUAAAUGGGUGACAGUACUUACAAGGUGCUGGAAUGUCCGGAGCUCGGUCGGUACGGGGUGGCCGCGCGCGACCUGAAGGCGGGCGAGCUGCUGUUCGAGGAGACGCCGUUCGCCGUCGGGCCUAAGCUGGACAGUCCGCCGCUCUGUCUGGAAUGUUGCUGCCCGGUGGACGGUGGUGAGGGUGGUCCCCGCUGCUCGCGGUGUGGUUGGCCCCUGUGCGAGGAUUGUAGUGCCGGCGGCGCUGAGCUCGUGUACCAUCGGGGCGAGUGUGAGGUGUUUGCCGCGAACGGUGUUCGAUUCCGGCCGGUGGAAGACUCGACCGCCGGCUGUGUACAGCUCGAUUGCAUAACGCCGCUCAGGGUGCUGCUGGCGAAGGAAGCGGACGAGGCACGGUGGAAGCGCGAGAUCGAACCGAUGGAGUAUCACGACGCGGAACGGCGCGAAGGCGCCAACUGGAAGGUGGACGAGAACAAUAUUGUGGCGUUUCUGCGCGGUCCGUGCGGGCUGGGCAAGCGCUUUUCGGCCGAGUUGGUGCAGCGAGCGAUCGGACUGUUGGACGUGAACGCGUUCGAGGGCCGUACCGGGAGCGGGUACAGCUGCCGCGGUCUGUAUCCGCAGCUGGCGAUCAUGGCGCACAACUGUGUGCCGAAUGUGGUGCAUUCGAUUCAUCCGAGCAAUGGGUUCAGGAUGGUGGCACGUGUUGCAGUGGACGUGAGGGAAGGUGACAAGCUCUACACGACCUACACGUACACACUGACCGGUACGGUCGCGCGGCAAUCGAUCUUAAAGGCGAGCAAGUUCUUCACAUGCCGCUGUACCCGGUGUCUCGAUCCGACCGAGCUGGGCACACACUUUAGCACACUGCUUUGCAGCAAAUGCAGCGGAGGAUUGAUCACUUCCACCGAUCCACUAGAUGAGAAUGCCGAAUGGAAGUGUGGCCAGUGUGGGUUCAAAACGUCCGGCGCCGCCGUCCAGAAGGCCGUCAUGACGAUACACAACGAAAUCGACGAGCUUGCCUGCUUCGAGUACGAGGCGGGCCGGCUCGAGGCGUACGAAACCGUGUACAAAAAGUACCGCAGCGUGCUGCACCCGCUGCACUUCAUCAACACCUCCAUCCGGCACAGCUUGAUCGAGCUGUACGGGCGCAUUCCCGGGUACGAGAUGGCCGAGCUGCCGGACGUACUGCUCGAGCGGAAGGUGGAGCUGUGCCGCAGCAUCCUGCGGGUGCUGGACGUGUUCGAGCCGGGCAAAUCGCGCGCCCGGGCAAUGAUACUGUACGAGCUGCACGCACCGCUGAUUAUGCUCGCCCAGUCGGCGUUCGCGCGGGGCGAGGACCAGCGGGACGGCAAGUCGCUCAAGCAGCAGCUCAACGAGGCGGCCCAAAUACUGGAGGAGUGCGGCGCGAUCCUCGACUGGGAGGAUCCGGCCACACCGGAAGGCAUACUGGCGAACGUGGCGCAACAGUCGCUCGCCCAGCUGCGGCAAAGCAUCGAAACGCUCGAUUAGCCUGAUGAGGUUUGUUUUUGCCCGGCGUGGUGUUAGUUCAAAUACUAUUUGUGAUGUACUUUGCACGUGUUUUAGGUGUCUAUAGGUGUUUUAGCUUUAAUCGUGUGUCCUCGUGUGCGACCGGCUACACCGAGGACAGUUUUGCUCUAUUGUUUCCGUUCCAGUCACUUCCGUCUUUAAACUGUUUUAAUUGAUGUACAACAAUAAACUGAAAAUGUAUCGAUGCUUAGGA